AUGAGGAUGUUGCCACAAACUGAUUAUCUGCAGAUUAGGACAAUGAAUCUGAGGCAUACAUGUGUUAGGACUACUGUGAACAAAACUGUGAAGUCUGAUUACUUAUGUGAGAGAUACUUGGAGACUUGGAGAUCAGAUCCUCACUGGAAGCUGAAAAAGUUCAUGGAAAGGGUGAUGCUUGAAUUAGGUGUUAAGAUAACUUAUUCCACUGCUUGGUUGGCAAGGGCUAGAGCAAAGUUGGCUCUAUAUGGGUCAUCAGCAGAGCAGUAUGGAAGAGUGUGGGAAUAUGCCAAAGCAUUCUUGAAACAUAACCCUGGCAGUAGUUGUUUGGUGUUGGUUGACAGCAGUUUUGGGCCUGAGAAGCCCCUGUUCUUGAGGAUGUACUGCUGUCUGGAACCUUUGAUGAAUGGGUUUAGGAAUGGUUGUAGGCCAAUUGUUGGAUUGGAUGGCUGUCACUUGAAGGGUGCAUAUCCAGGUCAGAUAUUGGUAGCUGUUGGGAAGGAUGGGAAUAAUAAUAUCUUCCCCAUUGCAUGGGCAACUGUGGAGAUAGAAAACACAGAGACAUGGUGUUGGUUUAUUGAUUUGUUUAUGAGGGAUUUUGAUGGUGGAAGCAAUGGUGUUGGCUUGACUUUUAUGUGUGACAUACAAAAGGGUUUGCUUGAAGCAAUCAGGACAGUGACUCCACAAGCCAACAACAGAUUCCGUGUUAGGUACAUAUGGGCAAACUUUAAGCUCAAUUUCACUAGAACUUUGUUUAAGGACUUGUUUUGGGAUGCAGCUAGAGCUAUAACAUUUAUGGACUUUGAAAUUGCAAUGGAGUCCAUCAGAUUCCUUGAUGAGGAUGCUUGGUGCUACCUAGAUGACAUCCAACCAACACAUUGGUCUAGGUGGGCCUUCUUGACUGAUGUGAAGUCAAACAUGUUGUUGAACAACUUUUGUGAGACUUUUAAUGCAGUCAUCAAAGAUGCAAGGGACAAACCAAUUCUAACUCAGAUGGAAUGGAUGAGGAGGUACAUGAUGAAAAGGAACAACGACAAAUGGGAGGCUGCUAAGAAGAUGAAAGGAAGGAAACUGAUGCCAUACAUAGGCACAGUGUUUGAUGGCUUGGAGAAGUACAGCAGGGGGUGUAUUGUGCAACAGAGUAGGGAUGACCAAUAUGAGGUGGAAUUAGGCAGUGACCAAGUCACUGUUGAUUUGGCUAAUAGGACAUGCUCUUGCUUCCACUGGGAUCUAACAGGUAUCCCCUGUGUGCAUGCAUACUCCUGCAUCAUGGACAAAAGAGCUAAUCCAGAUGAUUAUGUGCAUGAGUAUUACAGCAUGGAGAACUACCUAAAAGCUUAUGAAAAGCCAGUGAAACCAAUGCCUGGUGCUAAGUUUUGGGAGAAGGUGGAUGUUCCUGCACCAGCACCACCUAGAUACAAGGUACAACCUGGCAGGCCAAAGGCAAACAAGAGGAGACUGGAAGCAGGGGAGAAACAAGGGAAAGGAAAGAAGGCCAAGGGAGACCAACAUACCAAGGUUGAGCACCCUAAAAGACCAAAAAAACAAAACAAGUGUGGGAAGUGUGGUGGACUAGGUCACAACAGAACAACUUGCAAGAAGGAUGGUGCACCUGAUCAACCAGCUUACAAAGGGCAGGGUGGUAGGCCAACAUCCAACACUCCAUGGGUUGCUGAACAGAGAAGAAAGAAGGAAGAAAGGGUACUUAAGGCUGCUGUAGCUGCAGCUGCAUGUGCAGGAUCUUCAAGUCAGCCCCAAUCCCAAGUAACCCAAACACAACAGUCCCAAACUCAUCAACACCAGUCCCAAACUCAGCCACAACAACCUAGGCCUAAAAUGCCAGUGAGGAGGAACAUUACUUCUGAUUUGUAG